GGCGCGGUCUCCAGGCCGACGGCCGCAGCCCCGGCCGCGCCGCGCCAGUCGCCGGCUCUCCGAGGCAGGCGGGGCAGGGCUAGCCGCCGCGAAGAGCCUCGCCUCGGAGCGCGCGGCCGGCCGGCCCGGCCAUGGCGCGGCUCCCGAAGCUGGCGGUCUUCGAUCUCGAUUACACGCUCUGGCCGUUCUGGGUGGACACGCACGUAGACCCCCCGUUCCACAGGAGCAGCGACGGGGCCGUCCGGGAUAGGCGGGGCCAGGCCGUCCGACUGUACCCGGAGGUGCCUGACGUCCUGCAGCAGUUGCAGGACCUGGACGUGCCCGUCGCGGCCGCUUCUCGCAUAACUUGGCUUGCAGCCCAGGCCUUCCGGAUCCCAUCUAGGACACUUUUUUGUAGGACGGGGGAGAUCGAAGGGGCCAACCAGCUACUGGAGCUCUUUGGCCUUGACAGAUAUUUUGUUCAUCGGGAAAUCUAUCCAGGCAGCAAGGUCACCCACUUUGAGAGGUUGCAGCAGAAGACUGGAGUUGUUUUCUCCCAGAUGAUCUUCUUUGAUGACGAGAAGCGGAAUAUCGUGGACGUCAGCAAACUAGGAGUUACCUGCAUUCAUGUCCAGAAUGGAAUGAAUCUUCAAACCCUAACUCAAGGACUAGAGACAUUUGCAAAGGCCCAAGCUGGGCCCUGAGAUCCAGGCCUGUGGAUGAGCCUCAUUUGAGGCAUAAAACUGAAAGGAAAUCAGGAAGGCAUUUUCAGGUGUAUUUGUAAAUUAUUAAAGUAUGUUUGUGUGCGACGGA